CCCGUCUGGACACUCGUAAGCGAUCCAGAAUGGCGAAAAGCAAUGAAAGAUGCGUCUCAGUUGUACGUGGAGGAAGCGAUGGCUGCGUCACGCCCAGUAAUCGCUGCAGGCGGACCAUUUUUGAUCGGAGCUGGCAACUACUGUCUGAGAUGUACAUGUACUACAACAUCGCAACCUCCAAGCAAGCAUGGCAACACGGGAAGGCAACUUGAAAACACCGAUGAAGACAAAGAGCAACCCGAAGAACAACAACAACCAGAACAAACGGGCAACAGAAGCAUCGAGAACGCAAGACUAGAAGCAGGCUACAAACGCACUGUCGACAAGGUCGAAACGACAGACGUCGAGUUCAAAUUUUUUAUCGAAGUCCCACGGCGUCGCGAGACCAGUUUGAAAUGUCUCGACCGCGAUCCAGACGAUGACUGCGAUCCUAUGGAAGAUCCAGACUUCGGAUUUUACAUCUACUGCAAAGUAGACGACACCAAGUUAUACUUGUGCGCAGACUCGACAGACGAGAGCAAGGUUUGUCUUGUCACCAGCGUUCCUUAUCCCAACGCUUACGCUCGAUUCUACGUGGAGUUUCCGAGUACCCGCCGUUUGGCACCCGUUUCUCGUUGGGAAAAGGAUUCGUUGCACGUGUUGAGAAAGACUGCGUACAUGAAACGACGUCAGUAUCUUGUCAUUGAUGCAAAGACUAGACAGCUGUCGUUUACCUCUGGAGAAGAACUUGAUCGUAAUCAGAGAGUGAGGUGUCAGUUUGCUGUUGCCAAUUGCACAUGGCAAUGUGAAGAGCAACGUGAAGAGAAUUGAGAAAUGACUUUUAUCAUGAAUCCAGAAAAACUGAUUUUAAUACUUGAUGUUGGUAUUUUCUGGUAUUUCUCUUGUAGAAGGCUUAAUUCUAUCAUAACCGUUGUUACUCUUAAUCAUUUUUGUUAAAUGGCA